AAAGAAACAUAGCUUUCCAUCAUUAAGAAUGCUUUUUUCCUAACAGAACACAGAUUCAAAGUAAUAAAGCUCAUUAUUUCUGCUAGGCACGAUUGAAGCUGAUUUAGUAUGUGAAGAUUGUUUCCAUACAUCACAUGUCUGAUACUUUGCAGCUGGCGGUCAUGAGAAUAUGUUCAAAGGUGUUGGUUUCGGAUUUAGAGACUUGUCAUCGUAGUAAAUGUAAACCUAAGCAAAGUGUCUUAUCACUUUGCGAUGAAAAUGGAGAUGCCAUUAUUUUCAUCACUGAAUCUUCCUCAAAUACGUGUCGGAAAUUCAAAAUCUCAGCAAACAUUGAAAGGCUAUUCACCAAUCAUGUUAAAGAAGGAAACCUGACGAUCCGUCUGAAAAUUCCCCCUAAAUUUAUAAUGAUUCAUCAGGCUGAACUCUCGGAUUUGAUGAAGCUGGUAAAAAUUUUAAACCUUAUAAAAUCAGGUAACAAAAUACCCAUUGGAAUCCUCAGCAACAGGCCUGCUACAAAUGAAAUUCGGAAAGUAGGUCAUCGCCGGCUAGUUAUAACAAGACGAGAAGACUAUCCUUUUUCUCAAGGCUUCAGUAUAUCUCUGCAUGAAGUAGUUGCAGCAGGAUUGAGGUUGCGUCAGUUUGAUACAAGACUUCUCAAACUAUAUGGUCUGCGCUUCCUUGACUUGAGUGAUAAUUUACUGGAAAAAAUUCCUCAAGAAGUACAAAACCUCAAUAUGGCUCAUUUGUGUUUAUGUAAAAAUCACAUCACAAGAUGGCCGUCAAUUUCUGAAAGCUCACCACUGACUAAAACCCUGGAACUUAUUGAUUUGAGCAGCAACAAUUUAACUUGGUUGCCAGAUGAUUUUUGGGUCCUUAAGAACCUUAGGAACGUCAACCUUUCGAAUAACAAACUGAGAGGUGUCCCAGUUGCUUUCCUGCACAAAUUAGAUCGUCUCUCUGUGCUUAUUUUGAAUGAUAAUAAAUUGGACUCUUUACCAUCUAUAUUACCUUCUCGUCAACUAAACCAGCUAGUAGUGUACAAUAAUCCGUUUCUACCUUCUGAUUUGGCUGUUAAACCAAGGGGUGUUGCCUUGACAUUGCUCAGCUGUGCGUCAACAAGUUUCCUUCGUAGUAAUUGGUAUGUGUUUCUGUACGUAUUUUUCAUAUUCCAGUUUCGUAAGCUAAAAAAUUAUCAGGACAUGUCAAGAUAUUUCAUAAUUAUUUGCUGCACUUGCUAGAUACUCAAUAACUGAUGAAUAUUAAAAUCAACGUUUACAAAUAUACACAACUACAAAGUUAGAAAUCAGGUUGAAGGCGAUGGUGGUUGAAAGAAGUGCGAAACAUAGCAACACAUGUUGACAAUGAAAUUCAGUAUUGACAGAAAGUACUAAUCCUUUGUGGAGAAAUCCUAACGAUCAGCUUCAUUCCCAAGUAUGCACCGACGAUUUAGUUCGGGACAAUGAAAGUUCUGCAGUUAAACCACUCAACUCAGAAACGCAACUUCACUAAUAUGACCAAUUUGUGGGUUAUUUAUUUAGCACAUAAGCUAUCCUGUAUCUAAUAAGUUUGUUUUUGUGUGCGUUUAGUUGACAAGAAAACUACUGUAUGCAUGGAUUCUAAGAAAAUCUCAUCCGCAGUAAAUUUACGGUAUACACUUCAAAUGAAAGUUACAUUGUUAGACUCAAUAACGCUUAGGUAGUGAUUCCGUGUUUUUCAAACUCUUUUUGGUUGUUCUACAGGUACCCCUGCCUCGAAAAUAUCUUACCCUGGAAUUUGCGUAUCCGUAUGGCAGUAUUUAGAACUUGUUUAUGUUGCCGUUUAAGAUGUGGUGUGAAUCCUUACCGUAUUCUUGUGUCGUAUAAAAGCUGGAUGAACAUUUCUUGUGAUCGACAAACCCCCCCAAACAUUUUGGCCUAUUUAUGCAGCGAAAGAUGUCUAACAACUUUCAGUUCCAACACUUGGAAAUACACUUUAGAUUAGCUUCCGAAUGAUGGUUCUUUUUCCAUGUUGUAAAGUUUGAAUUACUUUUUGAUCACUGCAGCGCCAGAAACUUGUAUAACAACGAUAACUAGUACUGAUGGACCUAUAUACUUUCGUCACUUCAGAUUUUGAUUUUACUGAAAUGGGUUAGUCUUAAAGGUAAUGAGCGAUUCCUCAAAUGGAUGAAAUUGGUAGGCGAUGGAGAUGCUCAAAACCGUAAUAAGAAUUUAGCAGCUAAUUCACUGGAUUUAGAGAGCGUAACAUCAGGGUUCUUCAUAGAAUAUUCGAAUUUCGUGCAUUGGUAAAACAACUGAAAAAUUGCUUGC